GGACCAUUCAUAUCUACUCAACUGAGAUUUGUGACAUCAUGCAUGACGGAAGCACUUUUCUGUAUUAUAUUUGAUCAAUUCUCCGUUUAUGUUUCCUAGAGGAGCUUUAAGUAUCGCUAUCUACUUAAGUGAAGUUGUAUGUAUAUGACAUAGUCAAUGACGUAUGAAGUACUGUCACCGGCCUCUUUUUCUGGCCUGAUUAUCUCAGCUCCUCAGCUCCUCCUAUAUCUAUAUAUACACACGCAGAAGCUAGCUUAUUUCUAACGUGCGAUAGCCAACGUACUGCCCCACACAACGUAUAGAUUUUUCAUGAGUGUAUUAAUUAAUUACCUCCUGGCUUAAAACCAUGCAUUAAAGAAUAUGCAAGAGAGAGCAUCAAUUCAAGCUUCCUCAGGCAAUCGAACGAACUCAACGAACUGAAAGUGAUGAAGCUCCUAUUCGAUAAAGCUAAGAUGAGAGCGUCAAUCCCAAAGGAAUCAUCCAUAUCGGUUUCCCGGAGAUGAAGAAUUCAAUUGCAACAACCAUGAAGCUUCCUCCAUGUGCAAGCAACAACCAUGAAGCUUCAUCCAUGUGCAAGAAUGACAAAGGGAGCUUCCUCAAAGUUUCCUCAUGUUUAAUCCCACCUUCCUCCCACCUUCAUAGUAACUAGUUUUGGUGCUAUAAAUAGAGAGCUUAGAGAGUCUUUCUAUCAUCAAGUAAAUUAGAAUAGAUCAUCAUAGCACAACCAAGAAGAGUUGUGAAUAUCCUUGAGAGAUAUGUGAGGUGUUGUUUUGAGAGUUUUUUAAUUAGAGCUUGUAUGUCUCUUCUUUCUAUUCUUGAAAGUAAUAGAAGUGUUUUUCUCUCAUAUUAGCACGAUCCUGUUAUUCCCAACAAGUGGUAUCAGAGCCUGGCUGAGCUUUUGGUAUUUUUUUCCCCAGAAUUUUCGGAUAAAAUUCUACUGUCUGAAAAUUCGUGUUUUUUGGUUUUGCUCGGAAUUGCAAUCUGAAUACACCGUUAGAUUCGUCUCGUCGAGACGAGAAAACUGGUAUUUUUUGGUAAUUUUUAGGCCACCGGAAGCCACCACACGAGCCGCCUACGCGACGGUGGUGAGGAGCUCGCUGACGUCAGCCCUGACGUCAUUCUACACGCAGGCCAGAGGUUGAAGACAGCUGACGUCAUCGCUGACGUCAUCAGCCAGUCAGAGCUGUGUCAGCGACACAUCAGCGCCACGAGUGCACAUCCGCCACAUCAUAAGCUCACUGCCAUCUUCCACCAGCGCCCAGUCAGCUGCCACGUCAACGCCCAGUUAGCGCCACGUCAUCUGCCACGUCAUCUGCCACGUCACCGGCCAGUUUUUAAAUUUUGAAAAAUUGCAGUUAGGUCCCUCAAUUUUUGGAAAAUUAUAAUUUCCACCUAUAAUUUUUCGAAAAUUGUAUUUUGACCCCGAAAGUGUCUACCCACCAUUUUUGGCCGUUUCGGACGCAACGGUGCUGCCCGUUUUUCAAAAUUCUGCUCCAAUUUUUCUCAAACAGAAUAUUAAAAUUAUUUAGAAGGUGAAAAUGACCUUUGACGAGUCAACUUCAUCUUCCGGAGCUAUGAUUAUGCUCACGGCUACCAACUACACGCUAUGGAAACCUCGGAUGGAAGAUUUCCUUAGCUGUAAAGACCUUUUUGAUCCAAUAGAGAUGAAAGGUAUUAAUCCUGACCCACCCAAAUCAAUAGAGUGGAAGAAAAUAAAUAGAAAAACUAUUGGUCAAAUCCGUCAAUGGAUUGAUCAUAGUGUCUUCCACCACGUUGCACAAGAAACCGACGCUUAUGCCCUUUGGAAGAAGCUAGAAGAUAUGUACCAGGCCAAGACCGCCAGGAAUAAGGCCCUACUGAUGAGGCGUCUUGUCAAUAUGAAGCUCAAAAGUGGAACUUCUGUUGCCGAACAUACUAGUCAGUUUUAGAGUCUGGUAAAUCAACUAUCUUGUGUAGAAAUGCCACUUGGAGAUGAAAUGCAAUCUCUACUACUUCUUAGUUCCCUUCCUGAUAGUUGGGAGACACUAGUUGUUACUCUCAGCAACUCAGCCCCAGAUGGCAAACUUACCAUGUCUGUGGUCAAGGAUGCAUUGUUCAAUGAGGAGGCAAGGAGGAAAGACAUGAGCACAGAUCAGACUCAUGCUCUUGUGACGGAGAAUCGAGGAAGAUCACAAGGAAAGCAACAAAGAAACAGUAGAGGAAAGUGGCAAAGCAGAGACAAAAGUCGGGGGAGAUCAUCAGAUGGCCGGAAACCUUCUUAUACCUGCCACCAUUGCGGUAUAGAGGGUCACAUGAAGAAGAAUUGCUACAAAUUGCUAGAGGAGCGAGGCAAGAGCAAUUCUCAAGCGAAGAACAAGGGUGGUGAAGCGCUCAUCACAAUCUCAGGUGAUGUGGCGUAUUGUACUAGCAAUGAUGAAACAUGCCUGCACGUCUCAAGAGAGGACACUGAAUGGGUGGUAGAUACUGCAACAUCCUACCAUGUUACUCCCCACAGGUACUACUUCACAACUUACAAAGCUGGAGACUUUGGAGCAGUAAAGAUGGGCAAUUCCAGUUCCUCUGGAAUAGCUGGAAUUGGUGAUAUACAAAUAAAGACGAGUACUGGGAGCACAAUCACUUUGAAGGAUGUCAGACAUGUCCCAGACCUUCGGCUCAAUCUCCUAUCUGUGGUAUGUCUUGACGAACAGGGGUAUGACAACCACUUUAACAGGGGCACCUG